UUGUGUACGUUUUGGCUUCAUCUCUCUAGUAUACUCUUCUAGUUCACUGGUUGAAAGUUGGGGAUUUCAGACAUCAAGAAGACAAUGUCGAAUCCCACCACCAACCAUAACCCAGCAACAGGAGGAGACUCUGCGCAUGUGAUCAUCAUCCCUGAGGCGUCACACAAUAAUUGGUUAACAUCAAUGCAAGAAAGUGUGAAGGAACCACCCAAGUCUCUGAACAUGACAGCUGGUCGGAGUUCUUGUUCCAUCUUUCGAGUGCCUCAAAGCCUCAAGAAAAUUCACCCCGAAGCCUUUGAACCUCGAAUAGUUUCCAUUGGACCCUACCAUCAAGGGGAGCCUCACUUGAAAAUGAUCGACGAACACAAACAGCGAUUUCUCGGUGCUGUUCUUGCUCGAACACAAAAGUUCAACGUUGGUCUCGAUCAAUUCUUCAAGGACUUGGCAAUCAAGGAGAACAAGAUACGAGAGAGUUAUUCAGAGAAUAUUGAUUGCAGCAGCCAUGAGCUAAUCGAAAUGAUGAUACUUGAUGGCUGUUUCGUUAUCCAGCUCCUCUGCAUAGUAGGAAGGUUAGUCGAAACUGAUUCCAAUGAUCCUCUACUCAUUUUGCCAUGGAUAUUAUAUUCUCUAUCGAGAGAUCUUCUCUUGCUAGAGAAUCAAAUUCCUUUCUUUGUUCUUGAAAUUUUAUUUGAUUUAUCAAAACCUCCGGAUUCAAAAAAUUAUCCCACCUUCACAGAACUUGUCCUGCAAUUCUUUGAUUACACAAUACCUAGACCUCGGGAUGAAAUCCCAGAUAAGUCUAGGAAACUGAGUGGGGAGCAUUUACUAGGUCUGUUUCGCUCAUCUUUCAUCCCAUUAUCAUCCCAAGAACUUGCAGCUGCUAAAACUGACAAGAACCAUCUUCAGCUGAUCCAACCUGUGGAGAAUCUCCGAGCAGCUGGAAUCAAGUUGAAGCAAAGGAAAAAUGCGAAAAGCUUCUUGGACAUUAAAUUUAGAACUACAAAAACUAGUGGGUUGCUGGAAAUCCCAACUUUAAGUCCAGGUUAUGUCACCAACACUUUCUUACUGAACUGCGUCACAUUUGAACAAUCCUAUCGGCAAUAUUUCUCUGCCCACUUCACAUCGUAUGUUAUUUUCAUGGGCUGCCUCAUCAACACGAUUCAAGAUGCUGGAUACUUGCGGGACAAACGUAUUAUUGAGAAUUAUUUUGGAACUGACGAAGAUGUUGUUAAAUUUUUCAAUAAGGUUGGCAAAGAUAUGAACUUUGAUAUCUCACAGAGUUAUCUAGCAAAUGUGUUCGUGGAUGUGAACGAGUAUUGCAGAAAUGGUUGGCAUGUUACGUUGGCAAAAUACUUGUAUACUUACUUCGAUGCUCCAUGGUCAUGCACGUCUGCUAUUGCUGCUUUGUUUCUCCUUAUUGUGACAUUUAUUCAAGGUUUCUUUGCUGUCUAUGCAUAUGCCAAACCUCCUAGUUAAAGCAAAUCAACAAGUUAUUGUAUUUUUUAAUUUCAAGUGUGUGAAAUAAUAAAAAUGUCUCUUU